CAAGAUGGACACAGUUCUUCUGCUCAUCACAGCAGGGCUGUGUGCUGUCUCAUCACAUGCUGAACGUCAGUACCAUUUUGUUUAUGACCUGAAGAACUGGACUGAAGCACAAAGUUACUGCAGAGAGAAAUACACAGACCUGGCUACUGUCGACAACAUGGAGGACGUGAGGACCCUGAUCAACAUGGAAGAUACAAGCAGACAAGCCUGGAUUGGACUGUACGAUGACGUUAACAGCUGGAGGUGGUCACUGUCAGACACAAGUUUCUACAAAGACGGGGAGGCGGAGUUCAGACGAUGGAGGGCUGGAGAACCUAACAACAAUGAGGGGAACGAACACUGCACAGAGAUGGAUGAGGAUGGACUAUGGAACGACAUCCCUUGUAGUUACAGCCUUAAGGUCGUCUGCUCAGAUGUCAGAGGGUCGGAUGUGACAUUUAUCCUCAUCAACAAAUCCAUGACAUGGACUGAGGCCCAGAGCCACUGCAGAGUAAACUACACAGACCUGACCAGUGUGAGAAACAUGACAGAGAACCAGAAGGUACAGGAGCUGAUACCUGCAGGAGAACUUGUCUGGAUCGGCCUCUUCAGAGACUCCUGGAAGUGGUCGGAUGGAAGUAGCUCCUCAUUUAGGCAUUGGAGACAGGUGGAACCAAAUAACGUUGGAGGGAAUGAGUAUUGUGUGGCUGCAUAUUUUGGAAACUCUGGACAAUGGGAGGACUGGCCCUGUGACCUCAGGAAAGCAUUCAUUUGCUACAGUCGACGAAGUGGCCACGGGCUCUACAUGGCAGGGGGGUCCUUCUCCCUGAGCCAAGCUUGCAUACCUGAUGGUGAACAAUGA